AACUAGGACAUCCAUUUGAAUCAUUGAUUUAUGGUUACCAGGAGACUUUGACUCUUCUAUAGCAGAGAGAAAAACAAAAAUCAGGGUAGGCGAAAGCGAGAGACAUAGUCUCAUUCCUUGUGAGAAUGGGUAGGAGCCCUUGUUGUUUUAAAGAAGAAAUGAAGAGAGGAGCCUGGACUGCAACUGAAGAUCAAAUCCUCAUUGAUUACAUCAAAGCCCAUGGUGAAGGAAAAUGGAGAAAAAUCCCCAAAGAAGCAGGGCUUAAGAGAUGUGGAAAGAGCUGCAGGCUUCGGUGGUUGAACUACCUGAGACCUGAUAUCAAGAGAGGCAACAUUACUCAUGACGAAGAAGAUCUCAUCAUCAGACUCCAUAAGCUCUUAGGAAACAGAUGGUCUAUGAUAGCAGGGAGACUUCCAGGGCGAACAGACAACGAGAUCAAGAACUAUUGGAACAGCUAUUUGUCCAAGAAAGUAGAAGGGAACCAAUCAAACUCUUCUAAACUCCAAACGAAUCCAAUUCCAACCGGAAAACCAGAUUAUUGCACGGACAAAGCCAUUGCUAUCACUCCUCAGCAACCAUCAAUUGGUAGCAAAAUUGAAUGCAGUGACGGGUCCCCGCUAUUAGAUUGGUCCAAGGAUGAUAAUUUCUCCGAGUUUAUAACCGGAUUCAAUUCCGGUGAAAUGGGAUUCUCGGAAUUCCUUGCUUCUGAUUUUUUAAAUUUUAUUGAUGAUUUUGGGAUGUGUGAUGUGAAUAUUGUGAUGCAAGCAGGGCAGCCACAUGUCGCCGGGGAAGCAUCUGUGUCUGCAGGGCAGGAAGUAAAGGAGAAGAGUGUUGAGAGGAGUAUGAAUUCGGAUUUGUUUGGAUCACCGGCUGCUUUUCUUGGUUCUGGUGAAGAUUGGAUGAUUUGAUAAUUGUCUGUUGAUUUAAAUGGAUGCAUCGGCAUUGGGUUACCAUGUCGGCCGGGAAUUGAUUGACUACUGUUGGUCAUUCCUCGCCUGAUUCAGUGAUUCUGCAUCAAAAAAUAAAGUCAUUGAAUAAUUCUGCAAAAUUAGAAGGAAAAAUAAAUGUAGCAGCACUGGCACUUCGAGUUAAUUGAGCUACAAAGACAGUUGUAUUAUAUGUUUGAGCUGGUAUAACAAAUCAACGUAGUAUAAUGCAUGAUAUAUAAAGAGAAUGAUGUAGUACAAUUUUUGCUGCGCAAUUUGUAUUAUCUUUGACUAUUAAUGGAUGAAUAGCCCUCCCAAUAUUAGCCUGCGCUUUCUAUUAAUAGU